AUGCCGAAGGAGAAGCAGGUUUCUGAGCCUGGUACGCCCGUUGAACGUGUAUCUAGGGAUGUUGGAAAUCGUGAUGCGGAGGUGCAGUCGGCUCCGGCUUCGCCUUCUGCCAUUCCUCGUUGCGAUGUGUGUAGUCUUCCGAUUGAUGGGGAUGAGUCGGGACAUGGGGCUGUUAUGGCCAGUGACCGGCCGCAUGAGGCGUCGCUGGCACACCAGGUGUGUUUGUCGCAUUCACAUCCGCCAUCGCAUUUGGAUCGGACGAGGCAUGGGCUGAGGUAUUUGGCUGCUUAUGGGUGGGAUCCGGAUAGUCGGUUGGGAUUGGGGGUUUCUGGGCGAGAGGGGAUCCGGGAGCCGUUAAAGGGGCGGUUGAAGGUUGAUACCGUUGGUUUGGGGGCUGAGGGUGAUGAUGAGGCGAAGGAGAGUGGUAAGGGUAAGAGUCGGGUGGUUGAGAGGCCGGCUAAGGUGCAGAAGUUGAAUGCGAAGGAGGUAAGGAAGGGAUACUUGGAUGCUAGGAAGAGGGGGGAGAAGUUGCGAGAACAGUUUUUCCAAAGUGAUGAUGUUUUAAAGUAUCUGGGGCAGUAG